UAUAAUAAUGUUUGAUUUCAUUGUUAAAUAUGAAAAUCGGAGUUUUCUUAUAAAAGUUGACAAUAAAGAAGAUCUUCUUGAAGCUACAAAGCAACGCUUUCAAGAAAAAGGGCUUUUGAAGAGCCCUAAUUGCCACUUGGAAUGCUACAUUGAAGGGUUAAAUACCUACUGCGAAGUGGAAUGUCAAGAUCUGCCUAAUACUGGAAAACUACGACUUGUUUUCGAAAAUGACAUACAUGCUGGCAAUUCAGAUGAUGAAAGGAAUUUGAGUGCAUGUGCAGCUGAGAAGAGUUUUGAAACCAAUGCAGAAUAUGUUGGGACUGAUGCUGCUACUGAUGAGCUGCCAAAAACUUCCUUUGCAAAAUUAUCUGAGGAACGUCCACAGAGUAUCUCAAACACUCAACAUUGCAAAUGGCCAGGAGUGUUUGAAGUCAAUGUUUUCCCAAGCACCUUGAAGGAAGCUCUAAAUGCUGGAGAAGCACUAACCAAAAAGCAAAUGACGGAGCUUUUGGAUUGUUUGUACAACAAAAUAACAAAAUAUACCUUCUAUCCAACAUCAGCCAACUAUAAGGCUGCUGCAGUUGCCUUAUUGGCCAGGUACCCUCAACUGAUGAAAGCCAUCAAGUUCGGUGAUGCAGUAGAAAUAUGGAGGGUGAGAAUUUCUAUGAAGGCGAGGAAUGCGAGACAACGACGGGACCGUCAAGUACCCUGUGUCAUGGCGAUGCGCGCUAAGAAGAAACUCAAUGUGUCAGAGGAAGAAAACAAAGUCAUACCCCCCAAAAAAAACCUGCCUAAAAACAUGCUGGCCUAUGGGGUCUUGAACUACCUACCUACAAGACCCGUUACAGAAGACGACAUCUCGAUUGAACGUCACCGAAGCUUGAUGAUCAACGAGUUGAAGAAGAACUCUCUAAAUCCCCGCACCAUAGAAGAGUUGAUGCGCCUGACCUUCCAUGAUCGCAGGCGGCUUAUUAUUACGGAAACUGCAACAGUCGCUCACGUGGCUGAACUGUACCCGGCUCUUUUCAAUCCAAAUCAGAUACUUUUCGAGUUCCAGCGUUUGACGGAGAUCAACUUGACGGAAAGCCUUCGCGGAGAAAUUAAAAAAAGCUGGCGUGCCAUCCACUUACUGAGUCAAGUCGCCAUCUCUGACCAGUCUGAUUUGGACUCAGACGAAUACGAAGAACGAAUGAUCGCCAAUGCUUUUCUCCUCAUUCCAGCAUUAAUGCGCGAAGAGAUCACAUAUGACAUGCCCUUGGAGGAAUCUACUUUGGAGCCCGCGCCAACUCUUCAUUUCCGUGAUGCUUCGGUGGCGAGCUCUGAAGGUGUCAUCCUCGCAGAAGGCAGGACGAUAUGCCAAGUGUCAGGAAUAACAGAAGGUUUCUUGGCAUGGUUUGCCAGUUUUUAUGUCUUCAACAUGGCAUAUCCCAGAUUUGCGAAAAAAACUUUGUGCUUCAUCCAACGAGGACUACUUGGUCUCAAAGACAAUACCAAAACGCCGUAAGUCGUUCUUGAAACAAUGAGAAAAGUAGCGAACUUGAAAGGUUAAAACAUUUGUAAGGGAUUGCCAUGUUGUAGACUAUGCUUAUCUUGGACCUUAAUUUUAUUUGGAUCGAUAUGUAGACUUGAAUUAAUUUUUGAUAGUGUUAUUGCAAGCCAGUUUGCCAGUCUUAACGAGGCCAGUACUACUAUAUGGAAUAGUUUAAUAAUUUAGUUCAUUUAUGGUUCAUUUAUUUAAGGCGUAUAUAUACUCAUGAUUUUUUGGAAUCAACUUCACCCACAUUAUUUACACUGAAGCUAAUGUUGAGGCAAUCCCUCCUGACUAGCUUAACAUUUUUUCAGGUACUGUCGUUUUUAUUUUUCUGCCUGGUCGCUGGUCUUCACCUCGCUGGGUCCUCUUCCUCUGUCGUGCCUCCCUCGGGAAUGUGUGAGAGAGAUGUUCUUCCUUUCGUUUGACGGUGUUCUUUUCUUUACAUGAUUUUCUUUAAUUUCUAUGGUUUUUUUUCUCUAUGCGGUGUUCUUUUCCGUAGAGGAUGCUUCUUAAUUUAAAUGGUGUUCUUCUCCUUUGACAACGGCCUUUUCUUUAGAGUACUUUCUAUGAUGUUCUUUUCUUCUAAUGGUGUUCGUUUCUUUUGAUGGUGUUCUUUUCUUUUGCUGGUGUUCUUUACUUUUGCUGGU